CCGCGGUCACACUGUAUUGCAGAAAGUUUUUUUCACAACAAUAAACCUCCGAUUAAGAUCCAAUUAAGCAACUAAUGUGUGUUGGUAGACAUUAAGCAACGCUUCUAAGCCAGUUGUGCGUGUGUGCCAGUAGGCUGCACCCCAAAAUUGCCAGCAUUUGCGCUGCGUUUUGGCAGCCACAACACCAGCAGCAGAAGCACGGGCAGAGGUAGAGGCAAAAGCAGAGGCAAAAUCGGCAGCAACAACAACAACGGUGGAAAAGGAAAAUUCAGCACAGCUGCAUUUCGCUCACUUCCCCCACCACAGGGCAGUUUUCACUAUUAUGGACAAGAAAUCAUCGCCCGUGCGACGACAAAAGCGCCAAGCGAAAGUGAUUGAAGACAACUUUUGGGACUGCAGCGUCUGCACGUACAGGAACUCGGCCGAGGCGUUCAAGUGCCGCAUGUGUGACGUGAGGAAAGGUACCUCUACACGAAAGCCUCGCCUCAACUCGGCGCUAGUCGCACAGCAGGCAGCCACACUGCCCGGAGCCAGCGGCAACAUGCCCAACGGCAAAUCCGCCUCCAGUUCACGGCACGGAAGUGGACACGACAGGCAAAGGCAUAAACGAUACCCGGCCCGCUUGAAGAACGUUGAUCGCUCGACGGCGCAGACGCGCGAGGUGACCGUCAAUUCGGUCACCGUCUUCAUCACAGAGUACAAGGCGAAGCCGGUGAGCAGCCGGCGUGAGUCCAGCGAGCAGAGCUUCAGCGAGAGCAACGACAGCCGGAGUUAAUUUUGGAGGCCAGGUCCCGAGCCCGUGCUACCUUUUGAUAUUGUGCGCCACGAUUCCCCAGGCGAUUCCCCAAUCCCACGCCCCCUCGUCUAAGUGUACAAGUAACAAAUUGUAAAUUCUAACUGUUAGGCCCAGAAACAAUUGUAAAUCGAAAUCGAACUAUAAGUUAUUGAGUAUUAGGCAACGUUCGAAGACGCUCCCGCACAUGGCUUCAGCCAGGAGAGCACAGAGCUGGACAAGAAGCACGCAUUUAAACGUCUCCCUCUGCAGCCCCUUCGAAUGUGCGCUACCCUGUAUAUAUUCUACCAACGGAUGAGCCAACAGGAGGGUGUCCCCUCCUGCCUGUCCCUUGUCUGUCUCGUAUUGUAUUGUAAUUCUAAAACCUAAUUUAUUACCGCUGAAUGCAUCGUCUGUAUAUGUAUAUUUUU